AUGGACAUCGACGCAGUGGAUCUGGAGCAGCUGUUCCGCAUGCUGGAUGAGGAUCACUCUGGCUCCAUCAGUCCUGAUGAGUUCACUUUGGCGCUCAGCCGCUGGAUGCGCGAGUCGAAGACCGCAAACCACUUCGUCAAAUACAUGGUGCGGAACCUUUCCGUGACCCAGAGUCAGAUGCAGAAGCACAUCAAGUCUAUCAGCAAAAACUUAGACAAGAUGGCCAAGAGCCUCAGCCACGCGAAAGACUUCGACGGCUCCUUGGGCUCCGACGCCUACAUCUCCGAGGCUUCGAGCAUGUCUGGUGCCAGCGACCGGAGCCGGAGAGCGAAGAACUCGAUAAACUGCGAAGCCCCACAGAGGGCUGGGGCGACUCUGGAGUCUGGCGACGGGAGCUCGACAACAUCCCCGUGUAUCACCUCCGGCUUCGACGAGAGUAUCCGGGAGUUAGAUGCCUUGAUGGCAAACCUCAGGCAGCAGCUGGAAGACGUUCGGCGUGGCUUCAUCGAAAGCCUUGGCACCGGCCCCUGUGCACACCCUCAGGAAGAGUCAGGGCCUGCAGCAGAGCCCGUGGUUGUGGAUGCGUUUUUGGCCGAGCCCCGCAAAGUGUCAUUUUGCCAAGAUAGCCCGGUUCGUCGCUUGUACGAUCUUCCGAGAGAGGAGCCGGGCCACGCCCCAUCCCCCGCGGCCAGAGCACGUUGGGGGAGGGGUGCAGAGCAUGUCAACAUAUAG